AUGUACAGACAAGAUUUCAAAGAUUACGCGGAUCUAUGUUUCAAAGAGUUUGGAGGAAAGGUGAAGCACUGGAUCACGAUCAACCAGCUAUACACAGUGCCUACGAGAGGCUAUGCAAUCGGAACAGAUGCACCCGGACGAUGUUCUCCUUUGGUUGAUAAAAAGCAGAGGUGUUACGGCGGAAACUCUUCAACGGAACCCUAUAUCGUUGCACAUAACCAGCUUCUUGCUCAUGCCACGGCCGUCGAUCUUUACAGGACCAAAUACAAGUUCCAAAAAGGAAAGAUUGGACCUGUGAUGAUAACUAGAGGGUUUCUUCCAUAUGAUGAGUCUGAUCCUGCUUGCAUAGAAGCAGUGGAGAGGAUGAACGAGUUCUUCCAUGGAUGGUACAUGGAGCCGCUAACAAAGGGUAGAUACCCAGACAUCAUGAGACAGAUUGUGGGUAGUAGGCUUCCCAACUUCACCGAGGCAGAGGCCGAACUCGUUGCCGGUUCGUAUGAUUUUCUUGGUCUCAACUAUUACGUCACUCAGUACGUCCAGCCAAAACCUAACCCGUAUCCUUCAGAGACACACACUGCCAUGAUGGACGCUGGCGUAAAGUUCACAA